CUCCACCAGCCCGAUCCCCGCCAGUCUGCCCAGCACAGUCCUGGGCAGCAGUGCAGUGGAGGGGCUGCAGGUGGGAGCCAGCAGAGCCCGUCCACAGUGCGACAGCCAGAGCAGGCCGGACACCAGAGCCCAGAAGUUGGGGACAGGCAGAGGCCCUGGGAGCAGAGGAGGAAGCAGCCAAGACACCAGGACCCGGACGCAGUGGAGUCGGAAGGGCACGGCUUGGCCAGGAUGCUGGGGCACCUGCUCUGGGUGGCCAUCAGCAAGGCGCUGUUUGCUGAGUUCCUGGCCACCGGGCUGUACGUGUUCUUCGGUGUGGGCUCCGCCAUGCGCUGGUCCCCAGCGUUUCCCUCUGUGCUGCAGAUCGCCAUCACCUUCAACCUGGUCACCGCCAUGGUUGUGCAGGUCACCUGGAAGUCCAGCGGGGCCCACGUCAACCCUGCGGUGACACUGGCUUACCUUGUGGGCUCCCAAAUCUCUCUGCCCCGUGCUGUGGCCUAUGUGGCUGCCCAGCUGGCAGGGGCCAUUGUGGGGGCUGCUCUGCUUUACAGGGUCACACCAGGGGACAUCCGAGAGACCCUGGGGGUCAAUGAGAUCCGGAGCAGCGUCUCAACGGGCCAGGCGGUAGCAGUGGAGCUGGUUCUGACCCUGCAGAUGGUGCUCUGUGUCUUGGCGUCCACCGACAGCCGUCUGACAUCCGGCUCCCCGGCCACUAUGAUCGGGGUCUCUGUGGCAUUGGGCCACCUCAUUGGGAUCUACUUCACUGGCUGUUCCAUGAACCCAGCCCGCUCCUUCGGUCCUGCUGUCAUCGUUGGGAAGUUCGAAGUCCACUGGAUCUUCUGGGUGGGGCCCCUGACAGGGGCUGUCCUGGCCUCGCUGAUCUACAACUUCGUCCUGUUCCCUGACACCAAGACUCUGGCCCAGCGACUGGCCAUCCUCAUGGGCACCGCAGAGGUGGAGAACGUGGUGGAGGUGGAGCCGGAGCCCCAGCAAAGGGAAUCCCAGUUCGGCGGACACCCAAAUGGAGAGUGUGUGUCAGAAAACAUAGAACUUGGCCCCAGCCCUCAGGCUUCUGAGAGGAGCUCCGUGUGUGAGCAGCAUGCUGGCAUGACCGAAUUUCAGGUGUUCUGAGGGGAUGGGGAGGUGGUUAAAGGUGUGUAGGGAGGCUCGGCCUCUUGUCCUGACGGGGUGGGCAGGGGAUGCCAAUCCCUCCCCCAGGCAUCACAUUUCUAGGUAGAAUGUGGGGAGCAGAUCUGUUCAGUUUCCUCCUCCUCCAUCCAGGAACGGGACAGCAGAGGGAGGGAGGGGAAUUCAUGAUUGCCCGCCCCUUCUCUCAUCCAUCUGGACUCCAGAACCCCAUGUCCUGGGAAAGAAGGAAUUAGAGCUGAGACAGCCAGUCUGCUUAGAGGCUUUGGACUAAAGUGAUCUCGGGGAACCCUAACUUCUCACCCCCACCCUUGGGGAGGAGGGGCCAGACUUCCCAAGACUCAGAGUUCCUCAGAUGUAUGUCCCUACUGUUGGGUGUGGCUUUGGGGGCUAUGGGCUUCCCCCUCAGACCAGACGGGGGUCUUCCUGAGGACAGACAGAGAUUAACCUCCAAUAGAUUGUCAUUCCUCACUCCCUCCCCCAAAAUCCUCAGGAAGAGCUGACACAGAGGAGAAGCUUUUCUCGGGUUAGCAGCGGGGCAGGCUCUUGGCAAGGAAGGUUUGAGCCAGAUGGGCCUUUUCCAGGGCAAGCUCUUCUGGGUAUCUGCCUGUCUGCCAUCCCGCAGUCCCCUUCACAGGGACGAUUCUGACAGGGGACAGCCCCUGCCCAGCUUUUGGUCCAUGACCUGAGCCAAAGAAGCUGUCCCUAGCCUCAUUCUCAGAUCUGCAGGAACUCCCCCCAAAAAGCUGUAGGAACGACCCAGGAAACCAAGACUUUCAGUUCAGUGCUUCUGAGCACUAUCGGAGUCUCGGGUGAUUUGUCAGUAUUUACAGGCUGCAGUACCACUCCACCUAUGACCUGGGGGCCUAUCUGGAUCCCAGCUCCCCCAGCUGUUAAAUGGGCACAAGCCUCCCCCAGAGACUGCUGUGAAAACAAACGAGAAAUUGGAAAUGCUUUUGGAAGUUAAAAUGUUAGAAAAAU